AUGGCUCGUGGAAAGGUUCAGAUGAAACGCAUUGAGAACCAUGUGCACAGGCAGGUUACCUUCUGCAAGCGCCGAGCAGGGCUCCUUAAGAAGGCUAGGGAGCUCUCUGUGCUGUGCGAUGCUGAAAUUGGAGUUUUCAUUUUCUCCGCCCAUGGAAAGCUCUAUGACCUAGCCACCAAAGGAAACAUGCAAGGGCUUAUUGAGAGGUACAUGAAGUCCAGCCGAGGGGUGCAGCCUGAACCAGCUGCCCUGGAGACCCAGCCUGAUCUGGAUGCGAAGGAGGAGAUCAUCAUGUUGAAGCAAGAGAUUGAAAUACUGCAAAAGGGACUGAGGUAUAUGUUUGGAGGAGGAGCUGCGGAAAUGACCAUGGAUGAAUUGCUUGUUCUUGAAAAACAUCUUGAAACUUGGAUUUAUCAAAUUCGAUCAACCAAGAUGGAGAUUAUGCUUAAAGAGAUCCAGUUGUUGAGGAGUAAGGAAGGAAUGUUGAAGGCUGCAAACCAGUACCUCCAAGAUAAGGUGGAGGAGAACAUUCAGAUUGCUAAUUUUGCACCAGUGACUACUAAUAUUCCGCAACCACUAACCAUACAAAAUGAAAUAUUUCAAUAUUAG